UUUAUGAGCCUGGCCACUCUCAUCUCACUGAAGUUGGAUUGCAUCAGCCAUAUCGGUUGGAUGUGCGCAGUGAAUAUUUUUGGACAAUUGUCGGUGUUUUACACCACUUUCUUUAUUAUUAUCUUUAAUUUAAACAAAUGCACAACUCCGUGGCUUGGCGUCAGGAACCCAAUCCACGGUUUUAAACCUGUUAUCAAAAAGACAUAGAAUGGCGUAUGGACUAGCUUUAUAGGUCUACUGAGCCAAAAGAGCACCAAACCAUCUCAUCUCACUGCUCUCAGUCUUUUCUCUGGUAUUAAAGAGGUUAUUGCUGCAAUGUCAAUCAAGAAGUUAUGCGUGGCAUUUCAAAGAAUUGCAGUAAGCAGAAUAAAUGUCACAGCAAGAUGUUAUUCGACACAGCAAUCAAAAUGGAAUACAAACGUAACUCCGCGUCAAAAAUCGAAUUGUCAUAUGUUACACUAUACAGAGCCGACACAUAGUAUCAAGUUUACACCUGGGACACUUAACAUAGAUUUUGGAGUACCAAGAAAUACAGAUUUAAUAAAAAAUAUUAUUGACAUGCCUGUCGCAAAGAUACCCUCGUUACAAGAUCCUGUAACAUGGGUGCCUAUUCAAUAUGAUUUUCCAGUAGCUGAAAAAACUAUAGACCUUCCUGCGAUCAAAGAAAUCUUCGAGAAACAAGCAGUGCGUUUGAUAGUGAUCAGACGUAAGAAAAUAAAGAAACACAAACGAAAGAAACUGCGUAAGAAAAUGGCAUACGAAUGGGCAAAAGUAAGACAAAAGCGAACACAAAAAAGGGAAAGAGCAUUUCAUGCGGAGCUUAUCAGUCAGAUCAAAACAGCAGAAGCUUUUGAUCCCAAAGAAUAUGUCCAGGAAAGACUUAAUAUUUUGAAUAAGGAGAGAAUACCAAGAACUUACAGAGGCGAGAUUUUGCCUCAAGAAAUGAUCAAGAAGUUCAUAGAAGAAAAGAAAAAAAUACGUGAAGAAAAACGUAACAUACCACGUUUAACUCUAUAAAUAAAUUGUAAUUGUAAUAAAUUUGUAGUUGUAAUAGGA